UAAUAUCUUCUAUAUCCUAGUAACGGAUAAUAUGGCCAAUUAUCUAUCUCUAACAAAUGUAGAGAUAGAUAACAUUCCUGAUACAUCUCAUCUCAAAUAUAUGUAUAUAUAUAUAUAUAUAUAAAAGAUAAUAUAUCUACGUGAUAUAUUUACAUUAUUAUAAUCAUAGAUAGAUGCAAAUAAAUAAAUAUAAAUAUAAUGUAUUUAUUUUAUAAACAUAUAUAUAAUAAGAGAAGUAGAAGCCUGCGUCUUUGUCUCGUCACCGACUCACCAUCACCGUCACAAUCUCCUCAGAGCUCUGCCGGCGGCCUCCCUCCUGGACCGACGAAUUCCCAAAAAUUAGGGUUUUGAAAGUGGCGGCUCGACUCCGCUAAUUGUAGGAGCUUUCAGGACUGGAGGCUCUGCUUUGCCGUUUGAAAGAGACGAGACGACGAACAACACCGUUCCGGUGGCUAGAGAAGGUGGAGAUGUCGGUGCUGAUAGUGACGAGCUUGGGAGAUCUAGUGGUGGAUUUACACACUGAUGAGUGCCCCCUAACCUGCAAGAACUUCCUCAAGCUCUGCAAGAUCAAGUACUGCAGUGGCUGUCUCUUCCACACGGUCCAGAAGGAUUUCAUUGCUCAGACUGGUGACCCGACAGGAACUGGUGAAGGCGGCGAUUCUGUUUACAAGUUCCUCUAUGGGGAGCAAGCUCGGUUCUUUACCGCCUCUGUUGAAAUUCACCCCAGUCUGAGGCACUCCAAGAUGGGCACGGUUGCGAUGGCAAGCGCCGGAAAUGGGUAAUAAUCUUCUUCACGCUUCUCAGUUCACGCUUCUCAGUUCUACAUUACAUUGCAGGAUGAUCUCGAUUAUCUUGAUGGGAAGCAUACCGUGUUCGGGAAUUUGGCCGAGGGGCGUGACGUUUUGACAAGGAUUAAUGAAGCUUACACGGAUGAGAAGGGCAGGCCAUUUACGAAUAUUAGAAUAAAGCACACGUACAUAUUGGAUGACCCUUUCGAUGACCCUCCUAGGCUGGCCGAGCUGAUUCCCGAUGCUUCUCCUGAAGGAAAACCCAAAGAUGAGCCUGACAGCAAUGAGGUACGACUCGAGGACGUUUGGGUUCCUCUGGAUGAACGAUUGGGAGCGGCUGAACUGGAGAAGGUUAUCCGUACCAAGGAAGCUCAUUCCAGUGCAGUUGUUCUCGAGAGCAUCGGGGACAUUCCUGAUGCCGACAUAAAGCCUUUGUAUAACGUGCUCUUUGUUUGUAAGCUGAAUCCUCUUACUGAUGAUGAGGAUUUGCACACCAUAUUUUCCCGUUUUGGGACAGUAUUAUCGGCAAAAACCAUCCGCGAUUACGGUACUGGGGAUAGUCUAUGCUAUGCUUUCAUCGAGUUUAAGACCAAGGAGUCUUGUGACCGGGCAUAUUUUAGGAUGCACAAUGCCUUGAUUGAUGAUCGGAGGAUCCAUGUGGACUUCAGUCAGAGCGUUGCAAAACUGUGGUUGUGGUCCCAGCACCAGCGAAAAGAUAAUCUGGGGGCUAAAGGAAGAGGUUGCUUCUCCGGGUGUGGCGCUCCUGAUCACACGUCCAGGGAUCGCACCGGUGGCCCCCCCACGAAGCAGCAACCUGUGAAGUACAUCCUAAGCAAUGAUAACAUUCUGCACGGUCGAGAUGAUUCCAGGUACAAUAUGGUAUUUGUUGAGGAUGCACCAAGAAUUAGUCCGACUCCACCUAGCAGGAUAACCUUCAUGGGGAGCUCCCCUAUGUUGGCGACGUCAAGCUGGUUCUCAGCGUGGCGAAAAAAAUGAGACCUUGCUACGAAUCAAGCCCAUUAGGGAUUUGAAGCGCAGCUCAGACAUAGCCACAUGAUUGAACUUUACUCUCUUUUUUUAUUGAUAAUAUCAUCCGGUGCCGGUUCCAGUUCCAAUUUUGGGUACCGUGUAGGUAGGAAUCGGAACCGAAACUGAAAAUCACUGGUUCUCAAUUUUCCUACCCAUACCCUACCAUGUUUCUAAUUGGAACUACCUGGAACCUACCCGUUAUGGUAGGAUCCAAUCGGUUCCAGUUCUAUUAUGUACCCAUGCACACCCCUACCAGAUCCUGGAUGAGUCAAGAAACUUCUUUUGAUUCGACAAAAUGUACUUUAGGCCACAACCUGAAGAAUAGAGAAAUCUAAUUCUUCCUAUAAGCUUAUGAGUGGCCUAUCACUCUUGACAUGGUUCUUGUCUGGUUCUUAUAUUAGAGAGAGAGAAAGACACGUUACUUUCUAGUUCUGGAACUAAGUUCUAAAUGAGACUGCUCAAGGAACUAUGGGUUUAUACGAGAAAUCAGUAUUCUUAGGCCACUAAAUGAACC